UUUGCCAAAAUGUUACAGAAAGAGCAAAGACCGGCUGCUCCUGAGGAGAUCGAAGCUAGGCGAGACAUCAGGAAUGCAGUUCAAGCUGGCAUGGCUGGACGCUCGCUCGACAGCAACCGAAGCAAUAGCGGAAUACCUCACCUACGAGCCUCUGAGCAGCAGGAAUAUCUUCAGACGAUGGACGACUGCAACGAAGACCAUUCUCGACGGCAAUCUCGCAACAGCGACGCCAAACCCAAGUACUCCUGGCGGUACUUCACUCCGGAAGAUUUCCUCGAUCACAACGACGAGACGGAAAUGGACCGGUUGCUGUCUCGGGGGAUCGUGGUUCCAAUCCGCCAUGUGGGGGAGACUUCGGCAGCCGCACCUCCGACGAGCGACCACUACGAACACUCGGGGAACUCCCCAGCGUGGGAGUCGCACGUUAACAUGGUCCCGAUUGAGAUGAGCAACCUGCACAGUGCGGACAUCGACGCUGGUCUUUACGCGAAUGGAUUGGGUGGUUCGAGUCCCUACACGGAUGGAGUGGACUCAAAUCCCUACGCGAAUAGAGUGGAUUCGAACCUAAACACGGUUAGGGUGGAUUCGAAUUCAUACGCGAAUGGUGUGGGUCCGAAUCCCUACUCGGAUGGAGUGGACUCGAAUCCUUACGCAAAUGGAGUGGGUUCGAAUCCCGCUUACCUGGACGUUGAUAUUGUACCCUACGCUGACGAAGGGGAAAUGUCCGAUUGCCGGAGAGACAGCUUUGCCUCAGGGUCCUAUGAAAUGGAUGACCUCCUUUCGUUUAUGUCAGAUGAACUGGCACAAGGUCACCUCGGGAGGGCGUGUUUAGCCUCACCGGAAACGGACGAUGGGACCGCGAGUCAAGGUCACUCGUCACUUUCCUCUGGCGGUGCCGAACAUUUACCGUGUGAGGGCGCCACUCUUCCAAGAACAUCUUCUCUGCCAUCUUACGACUCCGCCAUGUACUAUCCACCUUUAGUUUGUCCUACCCCAUCAGAAAACACGCCAGAAAAAGUCAUGAACUGUAAAACGUCAUCAGAAAGAAACAGCUCAUUUUCGUGA